UGUGACUAUGAGCCUCUUUGACGCUCAGGCUGUUAAGAUUCAUAAUCAGCUAGAACAGAUAGGAGUGGAUCCAAGGGUUGUUGUUGCAACCAGUGUGAACCCAAAGAUUGUGGGAGGGCGUCUGUUUUUGAACGCCACAUCCGGCACACACAUCUAUUUCGACAAGCAAACAGAUGCAGGGGAACGAUUGUUUUACAGGUUGGUUGAGCGAGACACUGGACUCCCGCCAGUAGCUCCGCUGCUAAAGAGUUAUGCUAAGAUGGAGAAGCUGAGUAUAUCUGAGCUCAAUGAUUUUGUCGUCACUGCUACGUCUCAGGAAAUUGAUUUCAUUUGCGCCGGAAAGGUGACUGGAGUGAAAUUGGACAAGGGGUGGUGCUAUGUUUCCUGUUCAAAAUGUUUCAAGAAACUCCAACGGUCUGUCUCAUCUCUCACGUGUCUGUCUUGCAACAACACCAGUGCAGUUGGUGUUCUUCGAUACCGUGUGGAGAUGUCAAUCGCAGACGAGACUGGUGAGGGUUUGUUUGUUGCGUUUGAUGGAGUUAUUGCGAAGCUCCAUAACAUGAGGGCCCAUGAAGCUGCCAACCUCUUGGCCGGUGAUGAUGUCAACCCCGAAAAAACUGAUGCUCCUCCGUUUGUUCGAGACAUGGAGGGAAAGUCAUACACGUUCCAGGUGAAGGUGGGCCCAUACAAUUUCACAGCAAAUCAUCAAAGCUUCACCAUCUCACGUAUUCUCGGGGAGGGUGAACGUGCGCCACAGCCUGAGUUUGUUGAAGAUGGUGGUGACGAUGACAAUGGAGAUGACAAUGGAGAUGACAACGACGGUGCUGGCUUGGUGAGACGUAAGAUGAAGGAUGGUGGAUGUAGCAAGUCCGCAGGGCCAUCUGCUAAGUCUAAGAAGGCACGGAAGGCAUAAGUGGGAAGGCAGAUACCCCUUCUCAAUAAUAACAAAGUUUUUGCUU